AUGGAUGUGACCAAUAUCAAGAAGAACGGUGUCGACAUCCGCCUCUGCGUUGACUAUCCCUUUGUGAUCUCGCUCACUCGAUUGAUGGGAUACGCCAUGUCGCUGAUCAACGAUCCCUUGGAGGAUCUUGAAAAAGUUCUUGGUGCAGAUGAUGGAGCGAGCGCCGAAGAUCUCGGCGUUUAUUACGUCUUUCGGAUUGUUCGCGUGGACUCCCAUGUCGUUUGGAUCGAAAAACGCACCACAGAUCUACCAUGUGGAUUUCCCAAGAUUGGAAAUGCCAAGGACGCCGAAGUCAAAACAGAUGAAUUCACCUCGGGCGAGCCGGAGACAGAUCAUGGAUCUUUGGUGCUGGGGUGA